UUUUUGAGACAAGCUGGGACUGUGGGACUGAGCAUUAGAUGAGAUUAAGGAAUUACUGUUAAUUUUGCUAGACAUGAUAAUGGUGUUGUGAUGAUGUUUUUAAGAAAGUCUUUGUUGGAGAGACAAACUGUAGAAUUUGUAGGUGAAACAACAUUGAUGUCUGGGAUUUGCUUCAAAGGACUCCAGCCAAAAGUAAAUAAAUAAAAUUAAGCAUUCAGUGAGGGAACAAAGGAACAAAUAACUGCCAUUUUGCUUGUCUGUUCCUGUCCACAGCCACGGGGCCUGCAGAGAUGCUGGCUGUCCCGGAGAUGGGCCUGCAGGGGCUGUACAUUGGCUCCAGCCCUGAGCAGUCCCCAGUGCCCAGCCCACCCGGCUCCCCGAGGACCCAGGAAAGCUGUGGCAUUGCCCCCCUCACACCCUCACAGUCUCCAAAGCCUGAAGCCCGAGCCCCCCAGCAGGCCCCCUUCUCUGUGGUGGUGGCCAUCGACUUCGGCACCACAUCCAGUGGCUAUGCCUUCAGCUUUGCCAGUGACCCUGAGGCCAUCCACAUGAUGAGGAAAUGGGAGGGCGGGGACCCAGGUGUGGCCCACCAGAAGACCCCCACCUGCCUGCUGCUGACCCCGGAGGGGGCCUUUCACAGCUUCGGCUACACUGCCCGCGAUUACUACCACGAUCUGGACCCUGAGGAAGCGCGUGACUGGCUCUACUUCGAGAAGUUCAAGAUGAAGAUCCACAGCGCCACGGAUCUCACCUUGAAGACCCAGCUAGAGGCAGUAAAUGGAAAGAAAAUGCCUGCCCUGGAGGUGUUCGCCCAUGCCCUGCGCUUCUUCAAGGAGCAUGCCCUUCAGGAGCUGAGGGAGCAGUGCCCAUUGCUGCCAGAGAAGGAUACUGUGCGCUGGGUGUUGACGGUGCCCGCCAUCUGGAAACAGCCGGCCAAGCAGUUCAUGCGGGAGGCUGCCUACCUGGCUGGCCUGGUGUCAAGAGAGGAUGCAGAGCAACUACUCAUUGCCCUGGAGCCUGAGGCCGCCUCUGUCUACUGCCGCAAGCUGCGUCUGCACCAGCUUGUGGACCUGAGCAGCCGGGCCCCAGGCAGUGGGCGCCUGGGUGGGCGCCGCUCCAUCGAUUCCAGCUUCCGGCAGGCCCGCGAGCACCUGCGAAGGUCCCGCCACAGCCGCACGUUCCUGGUGGAGUCGGGCGUCGGAGAGCUGUGGGCAGAGCUGCAAGCAGGAGACCGCUACGUGGUGGCAGACUGUGGGGGAGGCACAGUGGACCUGACCGUGCACCAGCUGGAGCAGCCCCAUGGCACUCUCAAGGAGCUCUACAAGGCGUCGGGCGGCCCCUAUGGCGCGGUGGGCGUGGACCUGGCCUUCGAACAGCUGCUGGGCCGCAUCUUCGGCGAGGACUUCAUUGCCACCUUCAAAAGGCAACGGCCGGCAGCCUGGGUGGAUCUGACCAUCGCUUUCGAGGCCCGCAAACGCACCGCAGGCCCGCACCGUGCGGGGGCGCUUAACAUCUCGCUGCCCUUCUCCUUCAUCGACUUCUACCGCAAGCAGCGAGGCCACAACGUGGAGACGGCCCUGCGCAGGAGCAGCGUCAACUUCGUGAAGUGGUCCUCACAGGGAAUGCUCAGGAUGUCUUGCGAGGCCAUGAACGAUCUCUUUCAGCCCACGGUCAGCGGGAUCAUCCAGCAUAUAGAGGCGCUGCUGGCGCGGCCCGAGGUGCAGGACGUGAAACUGCUGUUUCUGGUGGGCGGCUUCGCCGAGUCGGCCGUGCUGCAGCACGCGGUGCAGACGGCGCUGGGCGCCCGCGGCCUGCGCGUGGUGGUCCCGCACGACGUGGGCCUCACCAUCCUCAAAGGCGCGGUGCUGUUCGGCCAGGCGCCGGGCGUGGUGCGGGUGCGCCGCUCGCCGCUCACCUACGGCGUGGGCGUGCUCAACCGCUUCGUGGCUGGCCGCCACCCGCCCGACAAGCUGCUGGUUCGCGACGGCCGCCGCUGGUGCACCGACGUCUUUGAUCGCUUCGUGGCCGCGGAGCAGUCGGUGGCCCUGGGCGAGGAGGUGCGGCGCAGCUACUGCCCGGCGCGCCCGGGCCAGCGGCGCGUGCUCAUCAACCUGUACUGCUGCGCCGCCGAGGACGCGCGCUUCAUCACCGACCCGGGCGUGCGCAAGUGCGGCGCGCUGAGCCUGGAGCUCGAGCCCGCCGACCCCGACGCCACCGGCGCGCCCCCUGGCCGCCGCGAGAUCCGCGCCGCCAUGCAGUUUGGCGACACCGAGAUCAAGGUCACCGCCGUCGACGUCAGCACCAAUCGCUCCGUGCGCGCCGCCAUCGACUUUCUUUCCAAUUGAGGGCGCGCGGGCGCGGUGCCAGCCCACCCUUUGCAGGCCCCGCCCUCUUUCGGUCCGGGCCCUGGGGAGCCGGCUGGGGUAGGCGCAGCUGCUUGUUCAGUCAUCGCCCCUUUCCCCACCCUCCUGCCCGGGGAGAUGAGGUCGCAGGAUAGGUGGGGACACAUCCAGAGACUGUGGCUUUGGGAUUGGGCCCUCAUCCACUGACUUGAAGGCUGAAGGGCCCUGCCAAGGACUGAGGUCAAGGAGACUUAGAAGGGGAUUGUAAGACGCCGUGCCCACAGGGAGCACGUGACCCCGAAAGCAGAA